AUGGAUAGGUUUUUGAGCAGCGAUGGUGGAGGGACAAAAACUGAACAAACCCAAGUAACUCCUAAAAAUGCAAAAGAAUUACGUGAUAAAGUUUGCAUGGACAUUGGGAGGUGUUUCUUUGAGAAUGCUUUGCCUUUUCACUUGGUUAAGAGUCCUUCUUUCAUCAGUAUGUGUCGCUCAAUUGGAGAUUAUGGGAGGGGAUUGAAAACUCCUAGUAUGUAUGAGCUUAGGACAUGGAUAUUGAAGGAGGAGAUGAAUACUACAAAUGCUAUAGUUGAGGAUAUUAAGCAGUCAUGGCCACUAACGGGAGUUUCAAUAAUAUCUGAUGGCUGGUCAGACAUUAGAAAUCGAGGCAUAAUCAACAUUUUAGUCAAUAAUCCCAAGGGCACUGUGUUUCUUAAAAGUAUUGAUGGUUCUUCAUUUAGUAAGGAUGCACCAAGGUUAUUUAAAAUGUUGGAUGAUGUCAUUGAAGAAAUUGGAAAGCAUCUAGUUGUUCAAGUGGUCACUGAUAAUGCUAGUGCCUACAAAGCGGCGGGCACAUUGUUAAUGGAGAAAAGAAAGCAUCUAUAUUGGACUCCAUGUGCAGCACAUUGUCUUGAUUUGAUGCUUGAAAAAAUUGGUGAAUUGCCACAACACCAAAGUGCCUUGUCCAAAGGAAAAAGAUUGAGUAAGUUCCUUCACAAUCAUCAAUGGUUGUUAAACUUAACAAGGAAAUAUUGCAAAAGAGAUAUUAUAAGACCUGCUGCCACUAGAUUUGCAACAACAUUUCUUACAUUGCAAAGCAUAUAUCAAGUGAGGCAACCUUUGGAAGCUAUGUUUACUUCUGAAGAGUGGGAAACUUGUCCUUGGGCAUCUAAAGCUAAUGGAAAGGAGGCAAAACACACGAUUUUGAAAGACACAUAUUUUUGGGCAAGUGUGUCUUAUGCCAUUAAGACCAUAAAACCUUUAGUUGAAGUGUUGAGGCUAGUUGAUGGUGAUAAAGAGCAAACUAUGGGUUAUCUCUACAAUGCUAUGGAUACAGCAAAAGAAAAAAAUAUCAAUAUCUUUAGGUGGAGAAGAAAAGGAUUACAAAUAGAUAUGGGAAAUCAUAGAUGA